AGCAAGACGUCCGAUUUGGUCUCGAACUGUUUCGAAGGAGAUGAUACAGCAGUAGUCUUUCCUUUCCAGACGUCAUGCGCCCAUGUCAGACUGGCAGUCCGCCUUGUGGCAGUCGCUGUCGCGGAAGGGCCUCAAAGCAACGCUUAGAUGGAGCGAUUUAAAAUUGAAAUUUCCCGUUAAAGAGUACGCUGAGAGCUUAUAACACAGUUAUUUCAUGUGUAUUAUAGAAAUAUCAGGCCAUCUACUCCCAGUUACAAUGAUAAACGAAGAACUGCAGGACGAGCUUGUCGUGGCACUUUGAAAAACAGACAAAAGAAACAAGACCGGAUGUGCUUCUAAGGUAUAUUUAUUCAAGCAAGGUAUGUGGUGCGCCUUCAUCUUGCUUCCUCUGCUUGUGGUGGUGGGUGUCACCUGGACCCUGCGCCGUGCCGCAGACAGUCACUGGAAGCUGGAUAUCGCGACCAACGUCCACACAGAGGUACUAGGGAGGUUUCCAGUGCCCGAGGUGGUGAGCUGCGUCAACUGCUCGUCGUCGGCGCCUGCGGGAGGCCGCCUGGUGUGGCGCGCGGUGUCCAAUGCGGGCCACGAGGCGCUGCUGGGGUACCCGGACCUGCUGAGGGACGCUUACGCCAUCUGGGCGCCCUGCCCGAGGCUCACCGUGCUCGUCACCUCGGCCCCCGAGCGGAGGGCGCAGCGGGACGCCAUCCGGACAACCUGGGGGCGACCGGAUCGCCACUCCAACUGCAGCCACCGCGUCGUCUUCUUCAUGAGCGCGCAGUCUCGUUCGAAGCAAUACAGCGACCUCAAGUACGAGUACCGGCCCCUCAAGGAUAUCGUGGUCCAGGCGAGAGUCGCCGAUGUGCCCGAGCCGACCUGGUGGAUGUCCGCGCUGCUCGUAGAGUGGGUCCCCACACACGUGUCCGGCUCGAGGCUCGCGCUGCGCGUCACCGACGACACGUACGUCAACGUGCCGGCGCUCCUGGCCGCCGUGGACAGCCUGCCCACGUCCGACGAGAGGCUCCGCAUGUACGGCCGCUUGUCGUCGGACCGGACGCACCUGGAGGACUGCGUCUACAUGGCCAAGUCCGAUGGCUUCAGGCAGCUGCAACUGCCGUUCGCCGACGUGGUGGCAGCGAACCGGAGCGACGUGCCCCUGGUCACGGGACCGCUGGCACGCAAGGCGGGGCUCUCCUUGGUGCAGCUGGACGGCAUCGGCAGCUGCGACGUUCAGAGCGCCGCCAUAGCGGCGCGAGAAUGGUUGCGAAAAGGCGGCGCCUCUUCGUCGCACCUGACGGUGCGCGGGAUGUCGCCCGAGCUGAUGGCCACGCUUCACCGAGAAGUCUCGAAGCUCGAACUGCCUGUCUCUGUACUAGGACAUGCAUCACACCAACAACACUAAGCAGGAUCAAUCCUGACCUUCCUACUGAAUGCCCAAACUGCCGCCACGAAUACAACAACUUCGAACACAUGCUCUGGCUGUGCCCUGCCAACGCGAGCACGGACUUUCACGACCAGUCUUCCUGGGACUCAGCACUCCGAAGCACAGAGCUCAUCGCUCAGCUCAAGGCUGUCCAGAGGGCCCGGGCCGUCACCGAAGGACUCUGCCUACCGGCCCUUACCUGGGUGGAGCCGCCGGAUUGAUUUCCCCUCAGGACCUAAAUAAAGUUCUCACUCACUUGCGGC